CGUGCGAAGCCACUCGCGACUGUGUGGUACGAGUGGUUUCUGCCUCCGUUGCCAAGCGCGCGUCCAAACCGGCGGCGCUAUCACGAGUGCGAGGUGGCCGUGGCCUUUAUGCGGGUUUUUCUCCCAGCCGGAUACAACGUGACCGGAGAUGAGGUCACAGCAAAGGGACGCAUCCUGAGCUCAGGACGGGAGGCCGAGGCAAACGUUCUUGCUUUCCUGGAGGCUGAGAACGUGAAAGCAAAGUCGCAUGGCACAAUUGUUAAGGUUUUGAAGCGGAUGUAUGCUCAAGGCAAGCUAGACGACCGCAUCAGGAAUUACCAGCGACUUCAGCAGGAAGGCAAUGCUCUUGAAGAUGCACCGGUGCGUGUUCUUGAGCCCUACAACAAUCCCAGCAUAACGUAA